ACGCUCGUCACCGCCGUGACCUCGUACAUGGGCCAACGACACGUUUCGGACAGAAACGGUGUCAGAUGACUAUCUCGGCCGCAAUGAUGAACCUUCCCAGAGCAAACAUUCGUUAACGGUCUGAACAAGCACAGAUAGGCCGCAGCCGCAUUGACAGCAACAUCUGCGACGUCCCAUCCAUCCUGCCCAAAACCAUUAGGGCCCGACGCUGCUGCUGAUGAUAGUGUAUCGAUCAGGAGGUUGAUGGAUGUCUUCUGCCGGUAUAUAAGCGAAGACCGCAGCGCGUCUUCCAAGAACAGUCCCAACCUGGCCGUCACCAUGCUCUCUUUUGCUCUAUUUUACCUAGUGGCUGUGGCAUGUUCCGGGAGAUGGACACAGGCUCUGCCUCUGUUUCCUGACACUGACCUGGAACCACCAGCAGAUCUUAUUCAUAACCUUGUAUCAGAGGUGGAGGACAACACUGCAGAGGCGCAGCGGAGAAAUGACAUGUUUCCUCUGUUGAUGCAACAGACCGGAACCAGAAACUCCUGGAGUAGUAAAGAAACCGAGGAUUCGGACCAAGCCAAAACUGCAAACAUGAUGGAGAAUCUCAAGGACAUCGUUUUAAAACUGGCCGCUGCCGACCAACUUCGCUCCCACAGUUUCCUCAGAUCAGCGCAAAAUUUACCAAAAACCAAUAAAAGAGGUGGGUCAUCUAUCCAUCCAUCCAUCCAUCCAUCCAUCCAUCCAUCCAUCCAUCCAUCCAUCCAUCUAUCCAUCCAUCCAUCCAUCUAUCCAUCCAUCUAUCCAUCCAUCCAUCCAUCCAUCCAUCCAUCCAUCCAUCCAUCUAUCUAUCAAAGAUUCAAAAAAAAGGUUUCUGAUCUUUGAUCCUGUUCUGCCACUCUAGCGUGUUUCUGGAAAUACUGUGUGACCAACUGAGCCAGUCCUGGAUCCAAAGGCGGACCUCAACCUGGACCCAAAGUCAAAUUUAUUGGUUCAUGUAUUUUAAAACGAAGUGAUCCUUCCAUAUGUUUAUUUCCUAUCAUACAAAAAAAAAACAACAACAACAACAACUAUUUUUUCUAAAGUUUUUUUUUCUGAUUUAUUCAUGCAAAUAAAUGUGAAAAUGAGAAAUGAAACCAUAUAUGGUCAUCAGUGGAGUCACCUGUACAAAAUCCCCUUUUAUUAAUUUUCCUGUUUAUGAGAUUGUCAUUCAAAAAAA